UUUGCGGAAAGGCCAUUUCAAAAUUGGACCAAUAGAAAGAAUUCCGAAGGAAAGCGAUUCAAAUGUCAAGAAUGCUUGUUAAACGGAAUUUAAAUUCAAAUCAGUCGUUGGUGAAGCGCUGAGCUGGCUGAUUAGUUUCUGUAAUGUUCCCAGUAGUACAAGACGUACACAUUCCUAAGACGUUUUCAUCCCUUUUUAGCAAAUGAACAUGUUGUUUUACGUACUAGUUUCAAUUUGCUUUCAUUUGACUCUGUUUGUUAUAUGUUGGUAUCUUCUAAAGCGACUGAACAUCAAGAUUCGGAUCGGAGCAAUCAAAUUCCCCCUUUUAACGUUUACAAAGGUUUUCUUUAGCAAUACAGUUUUUUCAGUGGAAAUAGAGCUGUUGCAUUUAGGCAGCAAUCUCUUCAAUCAUGGCCUCUCAAAACUGAUUUCUAUUGACAUAUGUGGCUUACGAUUAACUAAAAACUCUUGUAAGUCCGCCAGUAAUCAUUCUGUUGGACGGAAAAAUGAUCUCGAUUUCGAUAAAGUACAUGCCCGAAUCAGAUGGCUUUCAAAGUUCAUAAAUGUGUAUAUAAAAGACUUUGGGAUAGAGUUGACGAUCGAUGAAUUAAAAUCGCGCUUAUAUCUUAAAGCUCCGACGGCAGAGUUUUACCUGAAAACCGAAUUACCCGGACUUGUUGGCCGUAAUGAGAUUCAUGUUCUCGUAGAUCAUCCGACAGCUGUAAUCAAAUUUCCCCUUUCUAAAUGUCUAAUCGAGGCUAAAGCGGAGAACUGUAGAAUGAUCAUUCUGGACUAUGGAAUAAGCCAUAUUAGACCAAAUGAUAUCAGCAUAGAUGCGGAAAUCUUAGAUAUUACAUUAUGGGUGACGGAUCAAGCUUUGUGCUUACGGACUAUUCACUUAAACAUUGUGCUUGAUCGAACCGAAGAGAAUCGUAACACACUCUCCCAUCACACCAGCGUGGGCCUUAAAAUUGAUCAUUUAGAGUCUAAUUGGAGUCCAUACCCGGAUGAAAACAAUCCUGUUCUGAAGUCGGCUUUCCCUUUUUAUUUAAAGGAUAUCAGAGCCAAACUACGUCCUUACUGCGACUCCUCUAUGGACGUAUCCAUAGAAAUGUUUCGCAUCAAUUACGACUCUGUGUUGAGGGAUUUUGUAGUGGAGCUCAUGGAUUAUUGUAGAAUAAUUGCGGCGUUUACAGUCGAUGUUGCAACGAAGAAAAAAGCCCCGAGAGUCUCGGUAAUGGUUAAGGACUUCUCCGCCUAUUUUGAGGAUCAUAAAAAGUAUCUAACUUUAUCGAAGUUGAACAUUUUGCAAAACAGCCAAGUUUCUGAAAUCGUGUUAGAAGAACUUGAACUGUUCAUAAAAGAUAAACCUAUAAUUGCAGAGAGCAAGCUAAUACGGAUAGUGUUUAAUCAAGUAAGCAGCAGUAAUGGUCCUUUCUCUGUUCAAGUACCCGACAAAUUGUUGGUUCGCUUGGACGUUAACUUGGCUUUGGAACUAAAGUCGCUUUGGAGCGAUUUAGAACAAUUUUAUAGAGAGGUUUGUGAGACGCAGCUUGAUGAAUCGGAUUUUUCCAAAAUAUUUUAUAAAGGCAUUCAGUUUUUUUUCAAUUGCCCCAGGGAAUGUCUAAGUAUGUUAUUUGGAAAGAAUACCAUACUGGUAAAAGAUCUUAAAUUUCAACAAAACAUUAUUUAUGCUGAGGAAGUCAUGGUAACAAAUGAAGGUGGUCGAAUUUUGCAAUAUAGUCCACUUAGAUAUAAUUUAAAUUGAAUAAAAAAUAAUUAUUUUGA